UGUGCACACCAUGGCUCGCUGGGGGAUCCUGUGCCUUGCCUUGUGCUGCUGCCUCGGGGCAGCAAGGGCAGCAACCCUGGGUGUGGUGCUCACCGAGGGAGGCUUUGUGGAAGGUGAGAACAAAAAGCUGGGACUCUUCAAGGGCUCUGUGGACAUCUUCCGUGGGAUCCCCUUUGCUGCUCCUACCAAGACUCUGGAAGACCCUCAGCCUCACCCUGGAUGGGAAGGAACACUGAGUGCAAAGUCGUUCAAGAGCCGCUGCAUGCAGCUGAAACUCACACAGACUGAUGUCCGUGGGAGCGAGGACUGUCUCUACCUGAACAUCUGGGUCCCUCAAGAGAGGAAGCAGGUCUCUACCAAGCUGCCAGUGAUGAUCUGGAUCUAUGGUGGUGCCUUCAUCCUUGGAGGGAGCCAGGGAGCCAACUUCCUUGAUAACUACCUCUAUGAUGGAGAGGAGAUCGCCGUGAGGGGCAAGGUCAUCGUGGUGACCGUCAACUACCGCCUGGGGCCCUUGGGCUUCCUGAGCACAGGAGAUGAAAACAUGCCAGGGAACUACGGGCUGAAGGACCAGCACAUGGCUAUUGCCUGGGUGAAGAGGAACAUCAGAGCCUUUGGAGGUGACCCAGAUAACAUCACUAUCUUUGGGGAGUCAGCUGGUGCUGCCAGUGUGUCCCUGCAGAUGCUGAGCCCAAAGAACAAAGGUCUGUUCAAGAGAGCCAUCACCCAGAGCGGCGUCGGUCUCUGCAGCUGGGCCAUCCAAAAGGAUCCUCUUGCCUCAGCUAAAAUGAUUGGGGAGAAGGUUGGCUGCCCCACACACAACAGCACCGUCCUGGCUCAGUGCCUGCGUCAGUCCAGCGCCAAGGCUCUGACCAUGGCCUACAAGGUGGACCUGAUGAACCUGCCUGGUCCUGUGGUUCACUCCCUUCCUUUCGCUCCUGUUGUCGAUGGAGACUUCCUGCCAGACAUGCCAGAAAAGCUCUUUGACAACGCUGCUGACAUUGACUACCUCGGUGGGGUCAACAACAUGGAUGGGCACAUCUUCGCCGGCGUGGACAUGCCUGCCAUCAACCGCCCCCUCGUGAAAGUCACUGCAGAUGAGGUCUUCAACCUGGUCAAAGGACUUACUUAUGAGAGAGGUGAGGAGGGAGCCACCCUGACAUACAACAUCUACACUCAAGAUUGGGGUGACAAACCAAGCAAGGAGACCGUGAAGAGGACAGUGGUGGACCUGAUUACUGACUACAUCUUCCUGGUUCCCACACAGCGGGCACUGCAGCUGCACUUGGAGAACGCCCGGAGUGCCAAGACAUACAGCUACCUGUUCUCCCAGCCCUCCCGCAUGCCCAUCUACCCAAGCUGGGUGGGGGCAGACCACGCUGAUGACCUGCAGUAUGUGUUUGGGAAACCCUUCAGCACCCCCUUGGGUUACAGGCCCAAGCACAGGACUGUCUCCAGUGCCAUGAUCGCCUACUGGACCAACUUUGCUAGGACAGGUGAUCCCAACACAGGCGAGUCCAAGGUGCCUGUCAACUGGCCACCCUACAGUGAAAAGAGCGCCUACUACCUGGAAAUCAACAACAAGAUUGGCAAGAACUCCGUGAAGCAGGAUCUGAGAUCCAAGUAUGUGGACUUCUGGUACACAGUGUACCGCGGUCUGCCUCUGGUUACUGACAACUCCACGCUUGAGGAACUGAUGUGA